UGAUAAACAACAAUUAUGAUUUAGGACACACGUAUUGUAAGUUAACAUGUUUUAAAGUUAGUUAUACAUGUAGUAACUAAACGUUAAUCGUGUAUCUUUAGUGAAUAUUUACGUGGUUGUUUCUGUAUACCUUGUAAAAAGUUAUAUUUUGAGCAUAAAGAAUAUGACUAGUCCGGUGUCGCCUGCUAUAGUACUCGAGAAUGAUAAUCCUGAGGCAAUAUCUAAACCUUUCACAGAAAGUGGGAAAUGUAAAGAUGAAGUCACGUUAACAUUUGACGAUGGACAAAUACUCUUUGUGUCACAAAAUUUCUUAAUAUUGGCGUCGCCGGUAUUUGAAGCGAUGUUCCGUGGGGAUUUCAAGGAAAAACAAACAAGGAAUGUUAAGCUGAAAGGAAAGAAACAUGAGGACUUUAUAGAGUUUCUAAUGUGUAUUCACCCUGGAACGACAACAACUGUUACCAGAGACAAUGUUCUGGACAUACUACCUAUUGCUGAAGAAUAUCAGGUCAUGCGUAUCGUAUACAAAUGUAAAACAUGCCUGAAAAAGUGGCUCAACGAUGAAAAUGUGACUGCACGUAGAGGGAAAUCUAUUAAUGAUUAUGUGAAGCCGGCUCGAAACUGCCUAUAUAUCCUUCAAGCAGUCGCAAUAUUAAACGACAUUGAGUUGACAACACUUUGCGUUAGAAUAGUAUCUCAAUUCGGACAUCGUAUAUAUUUUGGCUCAUAUUCCCCAAAUACCAUCAACGGUAAAGAAUUAAAAGAACGUAUUUCUGACAAAGGGAAAUUACCACCGUCGAGGAAAUUUUUCAGUUGGGAAAGUCCCCGAGGUUUUCAAAGUCUACCAGCCCAUUUUUAA